AUGUCUGCUCCAACGGCUCCAGGGACAUCUGAGGUUUCUCAGCCCCGGGGAUACUCCGCUGUAAUCGAAAAGGUUGAUCGGGCACAUGAACUUAUGAGCCAGCUGCGCGCAAUUGUGCUGUCUUCUCCUAGUGCUGAUGCAUCCUUUGAGCUCGUCAGGGAACUCUUUGAAGAUGCGUUUGGAUCCUUCGCAAUUGUUCUCUCUAAGCUCAAAACAUGCUCCAACUCUCGAGAGUCUGACACUGAUGAACAGUUUAGCCACGGGAAAAGGAGGAGACUUGAUUCAUGGAAUAUUUUGACGACCGUUCCACAUAAUGAUGGUUACCAAUGGAGAAAGUAUGGGCAAAAGAACAUCAGUAAUUCCACAUUUCCGAGGAGCUACUACAAAUGCGUACAUCACAAAGAACGAGGGUGCCCGGCAAAGAAAAUAGUACAACAGAAGAGUGGAAAUACUCCAAAGUUCGACGUUACUUAUAACCUGCAACACACUUGCAAACAUAGAAACUCUCCUCAUGAUCGAGGAUUUUCUCUGGAUGGUGAGAGCUUUUCAUCUGAGAUUGAAUUGCAAAAACUUUACUUAACGUGCCAAAAAGAGGACAAUGUCGAUAGCACAGUUUUCACAGAUUUCGAGCUAGAAGAAAUGCUAUUACCAUGUGAGUCUGGUGUAGAUAUGUUGCAUACAGCGGACGGCGCGGAACCAAGUGAAUUGUCAUUGUGGAACUUUGAUAUGGAUUAGAGUACUAUAUAUAGCUUUGUUAGUUGGUUGAGAUAUUGUGAACCCCAUAAAGGAAUAAACUUCUGUUUAAA